AUGUCGAUGGGCGCCUUCUCAGUGAUUUUCAGCGCCGGUGCCAGAGGCACUGAAGGCUCGCCGGAACAACUGUCGCCGGGGAGUGGAAAUGUCGUAACAGUGCCGCUGCAGCGCUGCGCUCUCCCUUUGCGGCCUCCCGGCCACGAGAUAGCCGCGCGGUCGCAGUCGCCGGCCGUUGCACAGAUGCGGCGGGUGCAACCGCGCGUAUACGCGUCCGCCGCGGCGGAGAGGCGUCGCGUGUUUGAAGUCUUGGUGCAGAGUGGCGCCCGCGCGCCAGAGUCCGUUGCAGCUGCAGCCUGCAGCUAA